AUGCGUCUUCCUGCCACCAUCCUGCUGGCUCUGGCUUGUGUGUUGCUCUACGCGGAGAUCGGUGCUGCAACUACGGCCUCGUGCUCCUCUAUCCCUGCCUGCGUGAAGCAGAGCACCACCACCUGCAAGUGCAGCCGCUGCCAAACCAUCCCCGGCUGCUCCAAGUACGACACGACCACCUGCAAGUGCACCCGCGCGUCCCCUGCCGCCUACGUCGUCCUCCCCUCUGGCGUCACAGGCUGUGCAGCCGGCUACGGGUCCUUCAGGGCUCAAGGCGCCGGCGUCUCAUCCACCCUGCCCUUGUCGCCGCCCUCGUGCCCCGUGUCGGCGCUGACUCUCGACCUUGGCCUGCUGGCGGGCCAGGUAUCCGUCGACACCAAGGCCUGCGCCUGCAAGCGCUGCCCAUCUGGCACCACGUCCCAGGGCGGAUUUCUGGUGGAGCUUUCCCAGUGCCGCGCAGGCAUCAACGCCAGAGCAUUCGCGGCCUAUGGCGCUGCCACCCCCUGCGGCGCCUACCUGACAGGCGUGCGCGCCUGGUACUCUGCCGCGCGCAGCAUGAUUGUUGGGCUGGAGACCAUCCUCUCAGACGGCUCAAGUGUCAUGAGCGGGAUUGCUAAAGGCAAUGCCUCUGCUGUCUCCGUGCCAUCUGGCCAGAAGGUCACCACCCUCACUGUCUACCAGACUGGCAGCCGCGUCGAGGCCCUGCGCCUGGCCACUGACGCGGGCGUCACUCUCAACCUGGGCAAGUCAGCACCCUCCGCACCUCGCGCGGUCAUCCAGGCCCCCCUGAAGACCGCCCUCGGCGGCAUCAGCGGCGCCUUGGCCUACCCUGGGGGCCCCCUCAUCUCUGUCACUCCCCUGUUCAACCUCGUGGGCCGCGUCACCAAGGCAGGCACCACCAACCAGCUGUUCAGGUGCACAGCGCGCAUGCACUAA